GUCUCCUCGGCACAUCCCACUAGCACCCCUUACCGCCUUCUUACUCCUUGCGCUGCCUAAGACGAUUUCAUCAUGUGGCUUUCUGACGGGCAAAAGAUUGGUGUCGCGCUCACGACCUUCGGCGUGCUAUUCAUGUUCCUCGGUGUCAUGCUCUUCUUCGAUGCGGCUCUCCUCGCACUUGGAAACAUGCUCUUCGUCUCGGGACUCACACUUAUCAUCGGCCCACAGAAGACGUUCUACUUUUUCGCGCGCAAGCAGAAGAUGCGCGGUACGAUAUGCUUCAUUGGCGGUAUACUCCUGGUCUUUCUGAAGUACCCGUUCAUUGGGAUGAUUGUGGAGACGUUUGGGUUCCUGAACUUGUUUGGAGACUUCUUCCCCGUUGUGAUAACGUUCAUGCGCCAACUACCUUUCAUCGGCACCUUCCUUUCACUCCCCUACAUCCGCACUGUUGUCGACCGUCUUUCAGGAUCUCGAACAUCCGCUGUUUGAUAGGCUCGAACUCUGGGUUCACGUCGUUAUAAAUAUCUCACUUCUCCGUGUCUUACUAAUGUUGCGAGUAAUGCAAAGACC